AUGCCUCGCACGGUGGGGCUACCAACAUACGCAGCCGUACCUGACAAGGCGAAAAAGCUCUUCCCCGAGAAGUCUCGGAAACCAAUGAUCCGGCUUUAUUGCUUCCCAGGAGCCGCAGACAACUACAUGCUGUGGCUGGAGCUAGCCACGAGUGCACCCGAAUGGUGCGAAGUUGCUGUUUACGAACCCCGGGCGCAUGGCUUCCGGCCAGAUGAAGCCUGGGACCGAAGCCUGGAAGAGAGAGCCGAGGAUGCUUUCAAUGUGAUGCGUCCGGCCUUUGAGACGCAUGCAAAAGGCGGGGUCUCAGAGGGUGCCCCGUUUGGCUUCCUUUCGCAUGGCGUGGGCGGGCAGUUUAUGGCUUUGCUUGCAUACCGACUCAAGCAGGAACUCAAUUUGGAGCCGCUGGUGGUGUUUGCCAAUGAUGGCCCUCCCCCGAACAUACCGACGCUCUCCGACGAGGGCUACCGCAUGCUGUGCGAGGACGUGCUGGGGUUCUACCGCCUCUUCCAGCCGGACACGAUGGACCAGUAUGAGAAGAUGGGUGGUGCUGGGAAUCGCGCGGCUGAAGCCCUCAUACAGAAGUGGUCCCGAGGCCUGCGCCUCUUUGAGGAGCAUGCCAGACGGACUGUAGCAAGAGGAGAGGAAGCACUGUACCAUAAGUUCAACUGCGACUUGCACGUGCUGGUUGCCAAGCACACUGUGGACACGGACCUCUUGUUUGCUGAGCUGAAGGGCCCUCAACGGGACUACUGGGAACGGCGCAAGAAGAUCACCGGAUCCAAUGCAGAGUCUGGAUGCAACUGGGACAGGGAUGCUUUCAAGGCGUGGGAACCUUGGACGACAGAGGACUUCCAUUACCACGAGGUUGAGACUGACCACAUGACCAUUAAGAACUCACCGCUCAUGCGGCAGAUUGUGUUCAAGGAAUUGGGGGGCUUCUGUGGCAUGGAUUAUUGA